AUGCACUUCUACCCACUGUUCGUGGUCUCUGGAAUUUUAUUCCAUUUGCUUCUCAGCUUCUUCCUCUUAUCUGAAAGAAAAAUGAACAGACUUGCUGUAGUAGUCGCUGUUCUGGGGCUCUUCUGGUGUCCAGCUUUUGCCACUUACCAGACCUACAGCAUCCCAAGCAUCAAUGGUGGUUAUGUCCAGCAAACAGUGACCAUUGAUAAUGAGAGGCAAGUAGCAAAUAUCCACGUGUACGGAGGUCUCUGCUCUUCUGACACCAUUUUUGACUACAAACAUGGGUACAUUGCCACGAGGCUCUUUUCCCGACGAGCCUGCUUUGUCAUGAAGAUGGAAAAAGGCUACAUUCCAGAGCUGGAAGAAAUUGGACGGUUAGCGUAUGAGAAACAGAUGAUGCAUCAAAUAAUGUCCCCAAGAAAUGUGUGGGCGAAAUAUGAACCCAGUGACUCUUUCUUUGGAGAAAUCAGGGAGUGGCUUGUUUUUGGCAGUUCAAUCGAGAAACUCUGCAAGAGCGUGCCUGUUUACAAAGCUGAAAAAGUUGAGAGUGGAGUACAUGCCGGUGGCUGUGCCAAAGCAGGUAUCAUUGGCAUUUUGGGUAUUAGCAUUUGUGGAAAUCUCAACCUGUAG